AUGAAGUUACGUCUUAUUCCAACUCAUCAGCUGAUAUUGUUUUGUUGAAUAAGAAGGUACUUGAUGAACUCCUGAAAUUUAUUGUGGAGUCUUUUGCACAAUUAUAUUUUUAUUUAUAAAAGAAGAAAAUGUUUCGUUCAACGUCACCGUUUGACAAACUUUUAGAGAAAGCCACUAGUCAUCUCCGUCUGGAACCCGACUGGCCAACCAUUAUUCAAAUUUGUGACCAUAUUCGGCAAGGAGAUGUUCAGCCGAAACACGCUUUGACUUCAAUAAAGAAGAAACUAAAUAACCCUAACCCACAUGUGGCCAUGUUCGCUCUUAUUGUGUUGGAGUCCUGUGUGAAAAACUGUGGGAGUCUCAUACAUGACGAGAUCGGCACUAAGGCAUACAUGGAACAGUUGCGGGAACUGAUAAAGACUUGUCCUCAUGAUAACGUCAAGAACAAGUUGUUGGAACUGAUACAAGCCUGGGCCUUCGCCUUCCGCAAUAGCCCCAAGUACAGGGCUGUCCAGGACACGAUGAACAUCAUGAAGGCAGAGGACUACAAGUUUCCUGCGUUGAAGGAGAGUGACGCAAUGUUCUCAGCUGACACAGCUCCAGAGUGGGCAGAUGGGGACUGCUGCCAUCGAUGUCGCGUGCAGUUCAGUAUGGUCCAGCGCAAGCAUCACUGCCGAGCCUGUGGUCAGGUGUUCUGUUCGCAGUGUUCAUCCCGUACCUGUACUCUGCCUAAGUUUGGGAUAGAGAAGGAGGUGCGAGUCUGUGAGGCAUGUUAUAAUAAGCUCAACAAGCCGGCCACCACUGCGAAACAGAAUAGCGUUGAAGAGUUGCCGGUGGAAUACCUCACAAGUUCUCUGGCCCAGCAGAAUCAGAGGUCAACAUUGAAACCGAAAGGCGUUCAAUUUGCGCCUGACGGCAAUGAAAAGGCACCCCCUCCUCGCAAAAGUGAAGAUGAGUUGAGGGAAGAAGAAGAACUCCAGUUGGCACUGGCCCUAUCACAGUCUGAGGCAGAACAUAAAGACAAACAGAAAUCUGGAAGAAGUAUGACACCUACAUCUAGAGCCAAGACUUACUCACCUACUCCUAUGCAGCAGGUUAGAGACACUGUGAGUCCACCACUGGAUGAAGUUGAACCCGAGCUGGCACGGUACUUGAACCGGUCCUACUGGGAGAACCGCACUACAGAGGAGAGCAGUCCCACCGCCCCCGCGAAUCCCCCUGCAGGACUCGCCACAGCUCUUGCUAAACAGAAUGCAGAAGUGGAACAGAAUGGUGUGGCUUCAGACAGCGAGAUGGAAGAGUUUGUGCGAGACCUGAAGAGUCAGGUGGAGAUCUUUGUGAACCGGAUGAAGAGUAACUCUUCACGUGGCCGAAGCAUCGCGAAUGACUCGUCAGUGCAGAAGCUCUUCAUGAACAUCACAGCAAUGCACUCAAAACUGCUACAUUAUAUUCAGCAACAAGAUGAUAGCAGAGUGUACUACGAGGGUCUGCAGGAUAAGCUGGUACAGGUCAAGGAUGCACGUGCUGCACUUGAUGCACUCAGAGACGAGCACCGAGAGAAACUACGACGUGAGGCCGAAAUGGCCGAAAGACAGCGACAACACCAGAUGGCACAGAAACUGGAUAUUAUGCGCAAGAAGAAGCAGGAAUAUCUCCAGUAUCAGAGACAGUUGACCCUACAGCGCAUCCAGGAGCAAGAGAGGGAGAUGCAAGUGCGACAGGAGCAACAGAAACAACAGUAUUUGAUGGGCUCGCAGUACGGCUACCUUCCUUCAGGUGGAUACGACAGUCUACCCCCAGUUGGUUAUGGAUUGCCUUCUGCCUCUGUACCACCAGGGUUUUCCCACUACCCUCCCAUGGCUCAAGGAAUGCCCCCAAUGAUGAUGCCCCCACAAGGUUACAUGCCGGCCCCUCCAGUCUCGUCAGGACCUCCUGGCUCCAUGGUGAGACCUGUCAUCAUGGGACCAAUGGGCCCUAUGCCAACACAAUCCAUGCCUCCACCACAGAUGAUGGGUCAAAUGCCUCCGAACACUUCUCCUGCCCAUGGUCCUCCAGGACAAAGCCAUAUGACUGGCCCUCAAAGUCAGAUUCCUCCGGUUCAGAUGGGAGUUCCCCCCGGUCAAAUGACAGGUCCACAAGGUCAAGUUCUCGGUCCUCAAGGACCGAUGGGUCAGCCCCAGUUGCCCCAAGGCGCGGUGCCCAAUCAAUCACAAAACCACAUGCCUCAGCCAAAUCAGAAUCACGUACCUCAGAUGCCACCGCAGCAAGUGGGCUCACAGCAUCAGAUGAUUCCUGGAGCGCCUGUGAGUCCAACAUCAAAUGUUCCGAUACAGCACACAAUGAUGGCACCGAUGGGGCCUCCGAUGAGUCAACCCUAUCAACAGCAACCGCCACCACAGCAAGAGCAAACUGCCGAACUUAUCAGUUUUGACUAAAUUAAAUUUUCAUCAACUAUUACCAUUCCUGUAGCUUAUAAAAAGUAUCGUUCUGCUUGUCAAAUUUUUUCUUGUAAUAAACAUGGCUUGAUAAAUAUUUAUUAUCUAUUUAAACAAAAACUACUACUAAUAUAAAGGGGUACUCUCAAUAUAUAUUCUUUGUUUUGUAUGGGGCAACAUUAUUGUAACAAGUAGGAAAAUAAGUAACUUGUAUUUUGCUUGUUGUCUAGUUAGGCAAUUUUAUUUAUAGUACUGUUUAUUUUGCAUGAUGGAAAUAUAUUAUUUAAAUCUUAAA